AUGAACUGUUCCACUACUGAAGCCCAUUAUCUGGGCAUAUGGGAGGUAUUUGGGGCAAAAUCACGCUUGAUGGCAGACACUUGGGUACAGACUAUUGAGUCUUUUAUGGCACCAAAGAUUGCCACUGCAUAUGAGCAACAUACUCCUCUUCACUGGAAGGCCCUGCAAAAGGUUCAUGCUCAUGUCCAUCAGCAACUAAGACAUGAUCUGUUGUCUCAGCCUAGGGUGGACAUGGGGGGUCCAUUUUUUACUGUGGCUGUCAAGGAGGCUGGCUCAGUUGGUGAUUGGGAGGGUGGAGAAUUCUGCAUUCCCCAGCUAGGAAUCAAGAUCCCCAUGUGA